GCUACGAAUCAGAUAUUUAAUCGCUUUAAGACAUAAGUAGCAUAUGUAUCGUUGAGCACUGCUGAAGUCCCACCUCGUUCAACAGUUCCUCUGAACUCUUGAAUAGUUUAAUCGUCCCACAGGGUUAGUUUACACAUGGCCAGAACUACCUGAUAUUUUCAAGUGGUGGGAUAAAAUUGACAGUAUUCAUACAUCGUGGGGAGAUAUCUUCAUCAUGUUGAAGUCUAAAACCUUCGUUAAGAAAACCCGAUCAGGCGGGGUGAUGAAGGUCGUGCGAGAACAUUAUCUGAGAGAUGAUAUUUGGUGUGGAAGUGAAAUCUGCACUGAAUGCAAACAAGACUCCACAGUUCUUCAGAGAGACGCUUGUAUUGAGAGCAAUCUGUGUACCUUUCCUCAUUAUUUGGUCCCUGACACCAACGUAGUGCUCCACCAGAUCGACGUGUUAGAAGAUCCGGUGAUCUGCAACGUGAUCAUCCUGCAGACUGUGCUGCAGGAGGUUCGUCAUCGCAGCGCUCCAGUUUAUAAACGGCUGAAGGAUAUAAUACAUGAGCAAGGAAGACACUUCUACACGUUCACCAACGAACAUCACAGAGAAACAUUCAUUGAACGGGAGCCAGGGGAGAGCGCCAAUGACCGUAAUGACCGGGCGAUCCGUGUGGCCGUCAAAUGGUACAGCCAGCAUCUGAAAACAGAUGAGUCUGGCCCAGAUGGUGUCAGAGUGGUCCUCCUCACCAACGAUCAAGGCAACAAGCAGAAGGCUGAGGACAACGGCUUGCUGGUGUACAGAUUUGAGGAGUACAUCAAGAGUCUGAUAGCAAACACAGAGCUGGUGGACCGGCUGGCAUUGUCCAAUGAAGACAAGAAUGAAAUUGCCAGCAGUAAAAUAUUGUUUCCGGAGCAUCUUCCUUUGUCCAAGAUCCAGGCAGGAAUCAAGAGUGGCUCGUUUAUCCAAGGCACUUUCAGGGCCAGCAGGGACAAUUAUCUGGAGGCGACAGUGUUUGUCCAGGGAGAGGGAGAAGACAGCAAUGAGGUUCUGAUCCAGGGACUUCAGAACCUCAACAGAGCAGUGCACCAGGAUGUGGUCGCCGUGCAGCUGUUGCCAAAGAAUCAGUGGGUGGCGCCCUCAUCAGUCGUGCUGCAGGAUGAAGGAGCAGCGAAGGACGACGACGUUGAUGGGGACGAGGAGGAAAAAUUGCUGAAGCAGUCACUAACUAAAUCGACCAGGAAGGCAACAGGAAAGGUAGUAGGAAUCAUCAAGAGGAGCUGGAGGCCCUUCUGUGGCAUGCUGAAUGUCUCCCAAAUCAAAGAAUCCACACGCCAUCUUUUCACCCCGGCAGACCGCCGUAUCCCACGUAUUCGCAUCGAAACGCGGCAAGCCUCAACUCUUGCAGGCCAAAGGAUCAUGGUGGCCAUUGAUGGCUGGCCCAAGGACUCCAGAUACCCAAAUGGCCAUUUUGUCCGCAGUCUGGGAAAUGCUGGGGAGAAGGACACAGAGGAAGAGGUCUUGCUUCUGGAGCAUGAUGUUCCACAUCAGGCCUUCUCUCAGGCUGUGCUCAGUUUCCUUCCCAAAAUGCCUUGGAUCAUCACACCAGAGGACAUGGCGCAGAGGCAGGACCUGAGGCAUUUGACGGUGUGUAGCGUCGAUCCUCCAGGAUGUACAGAUAUAGACGAUGCUCUGCACUGUCGAGAGCUGGAAAAUGGAAACCUUGAGGUAGGAGUUCACAUUGCCGAUGUCAGUCACUUUAUCAGACCUGGGAACGCUCUGGAUAAAGAGGCCGCCAACCGCGGCACCACUGUGUAUUUAUGCGGCAAGAGAAUAGACAUGGUUCCUGAGCUGCUCAGCUCCAAUCUUUGUUCUCUAAGGUCCAAUGUGGAGAGGUUUGCUUUUUCGUGUAUUUGGGAGAUGAAUCACAAUGCAGAAAUCCUAAAAACCCGAUUCACUAAAAGCGUCAUUAACUCAAAGGCAUCUCUAACUUAUGCCGAGGCCCAGAUGAGAAUAGACGAUACCAACAAGAACGACGAUAUUACAAAAAGCCUGAGGGGCCUAAACAAACUCGCAAAGAUCCUCAAGAGGAAGAGGAUAGAAAACGGGGCGCUGACGCUGUCCUCCUUAGAGGUUCGCUUCCACAUCGACAGUGAAACCCACGACCCGAUUGACCUGCAAACUAAAGAACUCAAGGAGACCAACUCCAUGGUAGAGGAGUUUAUGUUGCUCGCCAAUAUUUCAGUUGCACAGAAGAUUUAUGAUGAGUUUCCAGAGUGUGCUUUACUGAGGAAACAUCCAGCGCCGCCUCCAUCCAACUACGACAUCCUGAUGAAGGCUGCGAAGUCCAAGAAUGUGACGAUCCAUGUGGAUUCGGCCAAGGCUCUGGCCGAUUCCCUGGACGGGGCCAAAGUGGACGGUUUCCAGUAUUUUAACACACUCCUGCGCAUAUUAGCCACCCGCUGCAUGAUGCAGGCCGUCUAUUUCUGCUCAGGGAUGGACAGUGACUUCCACCAUUAUGGUCUGGCCUCACCCAUUUAUACACACUUCACCUCUCCCAUUAGGAGGUAUGCUGACAUCAUAGUGCACCGCCUGCUGGCGGUGGCCAUAGGAGCAGACAGCACCUACCCUGACUUGAUGGACAAACACAAACAGUCGGCACUUUGCAACAACCUGAACUACAGACACAAAAUGUCUCAGUACGCGCAGAGAGCAUCUGUGGCCUUCCACACACAGCUGUUCUUCAAGACCCGGGGAAUACUCAAUGAAGAGGGAUUCGUUCUGUUCGUGAGGAAAAACGCGAUCAUUGUUUUGAUCCCGAAGUUCGGUCUGGAAGGAACUGUCUUCUUCGACUCCAAAGACAAAGCUUCACCUAAACUUGUUUUUGACGAAGAGGGUCCCACUCUGAAGGUGGAGCAGCACACGUUCAACAUAUUCGACAAGGUGAAGGUUACCAUCAGCCUGGAUGACUCCAACAUUCAGCACCAGAAGAUCCGCAUGGCUCUAAUAGAACCAGUGAUCCCUGGUGUUAGUGUUCCUGUACCUGAGGCAGAACCACAAGCCAAGAAACAAAAACUGGACCGCUGACCGGAGGGCUGUAAUUCACCUGGGAAAUCAACACAAGAUUCCAGCUACUUCUCUACUAAUUAAAGAUCAAUUGUUGUGUUUAGAGCAAGUAUGCUGCUCAUUUAGGAAAUUCAAGAAAGAAACAGGACCCAUUUUUAUUUGUAAAACAUUUCUUUUUGGAGUUAAAAUAUCUGCUGGUCCAAAUAAAGCGGCGCACAUCUAAUGGCACCACUUUCAAAGACCAAA